AUGCGUAUUGCAGGAGCUGAAGUUCGGGCUGGUAACUAUGGUAAUUUCACAGAAAACAACCUAUGUGGCGUAAUAACUUCAUCCAUGGUAAAUGAAAACUCCGUCUUCAAUGUUAGUUGUAUAGUGUAUGGUCACCCUGUCCGAGCACAGUACGUCAGCUUACACAUCAAAGGCAUAGAGUCCUCCCUCUCUAUCUGUGAAGUCGAGAUAUUCAGCAAUGACGUCGACGGCAACUUAGACGCUGGUGGCGGCAGCGUAAACGUUAAUGACAACAGCGAAGACGGUAUCGGACUUGACGACGGGGAUACGGGUGUCGCAACGCCUGACACUCCUGAUGAUAACAUGGGUAAUGUCGACACAGAAAAUAAUAUCACAGUUACAAGUACAGGAGAGGAGCACAGCGGACCUGCGGAACCAGUGUGUACAGUACCAGCCGACUUGGGAAAUGUUGCGUUUGAAAAACCGGCUACGCAAAGCUCAAGAAGAGCCGGUGCCAGUGCCGGCAGAGCUGUUGAUGGAAACAGACAUAGUGACUUCAAAAUGAAAUCAUGCGCAAUGACGCUGUACGAAUAUGAACCGUGGUGGCAGGUCGAUUUAAGACAAGAAUUCAGCGUGUUUCAAGUGUCCAUAACGAAUAGACAGGACUGCUGCGCACAGCGACUAGAAAACGCUGAGGUCCGAGUUGGAAAUGAUGGUAAUAUAUUACAAAACGCUGUGUGUGGCUCCAUAUUGUCUGGGGCCAUUGUAGCCCAGGAGUACAUACAGAUCAUUUGCGCAUGCGGGGCACCAAUACCCGGACGUUACGUCACAGUGCAGCUCGUUGCUAAGCAAGAAGAGUUAACAUUAUGCGAAGUCGAAGUCUUUGGAAGACCCGUGCCAUUAGAACAAAGUGGCGGUGGCGGAGGCGAGGUAGGCUAUGAUUGGAUGCCUACACCGUUCCCAAUGUAUCCUGGAUAUUGGCGAGGAAGAGGAAACUACAGUUGUGAUGUACCUGAAGAUCUUAUAGAUAUUGCACAAGGAAUGCCAGUGCAGCAAAGCUCAGUAUUUGGCAGAGCGGACGCCAAAAGAGCUGUCGAUGGCAACCGGAACAGUGACUUUGCUGGAAAUUCGUGCACGCGAACGGAGAAGGAAUCUAAUCCAUGGUGGUUUGUAGACCUGAAACAAUCCCAACCUGUGUAUGUAGUGAGAAUAACCAAUAGGAUGGACUGUUGCUCUUUCAGGUUACAGGGUUUAGAAGUUAGAAUAGGGGACAGUCGAAACUUUACGCAGAAUGACCGCUGUGGUGUUAAACCAAUCCCGUUCAGGACAGCUAAAAAUGAGACGAUCACUAUCAAAUGCAAGUGCCAGCGGCCAUUAAUAGGACGUUUUGUAAGCUUACAUAUCAACGAUGAUGCACGAACACUCACUCUCUGUGAGGUCGAAGUCUUAACCCGUGAGGACGAGGUGCUGCCAACACUGAGCUGGUUAACAACAAAACCUGCACCAGGAACCACAGAACCUUCUUGCCUUCCCCCUGAAGGACUUCUAAACGUUGCAAUGAUGAACCUUGCUGUUACACAAAGCUCAGUAAAAGCCGAUGGAACCCCGGAUAAAGCAAUAGAUGGAAACACAAAUGGGAACUAUUCCGAAGGCUCUUGCACUCGUACAGAAUACGAAACGAGUCCGUGGUGGCUGCUCGAUUUUGGAGUGUCCGCUGAUAUCUAUCAAGUUAGCAUAUCAAACAGGAUAGACUGCUGCUCAUACAGAUUGAAAGGGGCUUCCGUUCACAUUGGUGACAACAUGAACAUCUCAGCUAACCCGAAGUGUGGUGACACUAUCUAUGGCGCCGCCAUGCAGGAUUCGACGAUACAGUUAAUAUGUAACUGUGGUCUACCAUUGUCUGGACGCUAUGUGGGAAUACACAUUCAGGAUAAGGAGCAAACACUGACGCUAUGUGAAGUGGAAGUUUGGGCAUUGGAAGAAGUAGUCCCUCCAACGAUUCCACCGAUUAUUACAACCCAGACACCGUGUGAUGUAUACCCUGAUGACUUAGUGAAUGUCGCCACCGGACGACCUGCUAUGCAGAGCUCAACGGAAUCAUUCGGUAAUGCCGGGAACGCGGUAGAUGGUAACAAGAAUAAUAGCUUUAGUAUGAAAUCUUGCACAAAAACGAAGGCAGAAAACGAGCCAUGGUGGACCGUAGAUCUCAGGAAAACACGGGAAGUAUUCCACGUAACCAUCACGAAUAGAUAUGAUUGUUGCUCUUUCAGACUUAGAGGUGCUGAAAUCCGCAUAGGUGACUCCAGGAACAUUACUGCCAACACUCGAUGUGGGAAGUAUAUUACGUCAGAGGAGGCGCAGACGGAAACUAUCGACGUAAUCUGCAACUGUGGAGAGCCAAUCAGUGGACGAUUUGUUAGUAUACACCAUAUAAAUAAGACGCAGAUUCUGUCUCUGUGUGAGGUUGAAGUCUGGGCGACCGGUCCCAGUCACUUCACGACACUUGUACCGUUUACAACAGUUACGACAGAAACAUUAUGUGACGCCGUCCCCGAUGACCUAGAAAACGUGGCCAUCGGACGACCUGUAAUGCAGAGUUCAACUGUCUCCUUUGGUAAGGCAACGAAUGCUGUAGAUGGCAACACAAACAGCAAUUUUAGCAAGGAGUCAUGCACGAAGACCCAAAAGGAGUUCGAGCCAUGGUGGGUCGUAGAUCUCAGAAGAACACGAGAAGUCUUCCAUGUGACUAUCUCAAAUAGAUUUGAUUGUUGUUCUUUCAGACUUAGAGGUGCUGAAAUUCGUAUAGGUGAUUCCAGGAACAUCACUGCUAACACUCGAUGUGGGAAGUAUAUUACGUCAGAGGAUGCACAGAAAGAAACAAUCGACGUAAUCUGCAACUGUGGAGAGCCAAUCAGUGGACGGUUUGUCAGUAUACAACUUACCAAUAAAACACAACCGCUGUCCCUAUGUGAAGUUGAAGUCUGGGCAGUCGGCCCCAGUCACUUUACAACCCUUGUACCACCAACACUAGCCACGACAGAAAUAUCUUGUAUCGUUCCUGAUGGUUUGAUCAAUGUAGCUACCCUCAAACAGGCGAGACAGAGUUCGUAUCAACGGGACGCAGAUGCAGACAGAGCGGUGGAUGGUAACCAUGAUAGUCAUUUUCUUGGCCGAUCAUGUACCAUGACAGACCGAGAACAAAAUCCAUGGUGGCUAGUGGACCUCAGUGCAUCACGGGAUAUCUACCACGUGACAAUCACCAACCGAGUGGAUUGUUGUUCUUUUCGAUUGAGGGGUGCAGAAAUCCGCAUCGGAGACAGCGAGGUUUUAUCGGAGAACAGCAAAUGUGGCGACAAAGUGACUAGCGAGAGUGCGCAGAAGGAAGUCAUUGACGUCAUCUGCAACUGCGGAAAGCCAAUCAGUGGAAGUAUUGUCAGUAUACAUAUCGAAGAUCGGACACAGAUUUUGACACUGUGUGAAGUAGAUGUCUGGGUGUCUGGGAGUGUCACAACGGACGCUCCUAAACUCACAACAGUUCCACCCUGCAUUUCACCAACUGGGCUAGUUAACAUCGCAAUCGGACGACCCGUGCGACAAAGUUCAACAGAUUGGCCAGCGGUCGCUGAACGGGCUGUGGAUGGUAAUAAAAACAGCAAUUACUCCGGAAAGUCGUGUUCAAGUACAACUGAUGAGUUCGCGCCAUGGUGGCAGCUUGAUCUUGGAAAGUCUCGCGAUGUUUACCACGUGACUAUAACAAAUCGAUAUGACUGUUGUUCCAAGAGAUUACAAUCGUCUGAGAUUCGUGUUGGUGAUUAUCUAAAUUAUACACAUAACGCGGUGUGUGGUGGUAAAGGUAUAUCAUUUAAAGAAGCAAAAAACGAGACUAUUGAUAUCACGUGUGGCUGCCACGAGCCAAUCAGAGGCAGGUACAUCGGCAUAUCCAGUAUACGAACGACGAUGUUAACUUUAUGCGAGGUCGAAGUUUGGACAGAUCCUGUGGAUAACGAUUUACACACGACACUACCGCCACCCUGGACCGGACUUGCUACUACUACCAGUGGUCCGAUAACAACAACACCCUCUCCCUGCGUUUUGCCUGACGUUUUGUUGAACAUAGCACGUGGGGAACCGACAACACAGAGCUCAGUACACGGAAUGGGUCGACCAGGAAAGGCAGUCGACGGGAAUUCCAACAGUAACAGUCAUGAAGGGAGAUCCUGCACCCAGACAGAAAAAGAGAUGGCGCCAUACUGGAUGGUCGAUCUCGGCAGGCCACGUAGCGUAUUUAAAAUCACGUUAACAAACAGAAUGGACUGCUGUUCCUAUAGACUGAAAAAUGCUGAAAUACGUGUGGGGGAUAGUGCAAAUAUUACAGACAACACCGUGUGCGGCGAUCGUAUAUCGGAAGAAGAUGCUAAGCUGGAGACGACUGAUCAUAUCUGCGGCUGUGGAUACCCUAUAAUCGGACGAUAUGUCAGCGUGCAGAUCGUUGAUAUGCCCGACCCGCGCGUGUUGACGUUAUGCGAGGUCGAAGUUUUUGGUGUCUUCGAAGCAACUACCACUCCGGCACCAACUACUGCUUUUGGUGAGUAUGAUUUAGUGACAGCAUAG